CCUAGAGAGUAGAGGGUCAUUUAGAACAGAGAGAACAUAAACCUUUGCCAAACGACUCGCUCGCUUUUCAUUUGUUAUACAACUUCUUCUUCCUCUUCUUCUUCGUCUCUACCAGCUCUCGUAUCGUCUUCAUCUACGUUUUUUGUUUUGUACUGUUCCGUCAAUGGAAGCUAAUCAUCCAAAGGAUGAAGCGUAUCUUUCCGCAGUCAUCCCCAAACGUACCAAGCAGAUCCAAGCCAAUCAACUCGAGUCUCUACCACACGAUCCAAUCAAGAUGACAUCGCCAGAUGGGAAUGUGAAAGAAGGAAAGAAACGUGAGACAACUCCAAUAGAUGAUCAAGUAAUCGCCAUUAACGAUGCGGUUCACAAGCUUCAGCUCGCUAUGCUCGACGGUAUCACUGAGCAGAACCAGCUCUUCGCGGCGGGGAAGUUAAUUUCUCGAUUAGACUACGAAGAUGUCGUCACUGAACGAACCAUCGCUAAGCUAUGUGGUUAUCCUCUUUGCCAGAGAUUUCUCCCUUCCGAUGUUUCUAGAAGAGGAAAGUAUCGGAUUUCGUUGAAGGAGCAUAAGGUUUACGAUUUACAGGAGACGGGAAAGUUUUGCUCCGCGGGUUGUUUGAUUGAUAGCAAAACGUUUUCGGGGACUUUGCAAGAUGCUCGUACCUCGGAGUUUGAUUCGCUGAAGUUGAAUGAGAUUUUGGCGUUGUUUGGUGAUCCGGAAGUGAAAGGUUCUUUGGAUGUGAAUAAGGAUUUAGAUUUGUCUAAGCUUGUAAUUCGGGAGAAUUUUGAAGCGAGAGGUGGAGAAUUGUCUUUAGAGCAGUGGAUGGGUCCUUCUAAUGCUGUUGAAGGUUAUGUUCCUUUGGAUCUAAGUGAUUGCAAUUCAAGAAAUUGCAAAGACAUAAGUGAUUCCAAGGCUACUCAAAAGAAUCAAGAGAAGCAUGAGAACCCGCCUUUUAGCGAGAUGGAUUCCACUAGCACAGUAAUUAUGCCUGAUGAAUAUAGUGUUUCAAAGCUUCUACCGCAAACCAAACAUGCUUCUCCUGUUGGGGAAUCUGAUGAUGGCAAAGGGAAAACAGUUAUGGGGGAGCAAACUGUAGUUCCUCCCACACAAAAGAAAUCAAGGUUUCUUCGUGUAAAAGAAAAGGAAAAGAAGUCGUUUGGGGUUGAUGGGAUCGAUUUUGCGAGCUUUGGGUUUGAUAGGAUGGGUUGUGUGAGCUCUGGUACUGGAAGUGAUGGACACAGCGUUGAAUAUAGUGUGUCUAAGCAACCACCAUGCUCAACAAAAGACCCUAUGGGUGGUCAAUUAAAAAAGGAUCAUAAGACUUUGGAUGGAAAAAGUUCUCUAACAGGAUCCUCUUCUGCAUCUAAGAAGAAAAGUUUGAAGCUUCCAACACAAGCCAAACAAGCUACUCAUGGAGGGGAAUCAGAGGAUGGCAAAAUGAAAACAGUUAUGAAAAAUUUUGGACAAACUGCAGUUCCCCCCAGGAAAAAAUUGGGUUUUUGUAAUGAUCCUGAAAUAGAGAAGGACAUUAAGAAUUUCGGGUUUGAUGAGAUGGGUCUUGCGAGUUCGGCUAUUAUGAGUGAUGGAUACGGCGUAGAAUAUAGUGUGUCUAAGCAGCCACAAUGUUCGAUGGAAGAUUCUCUUAGUUGCAAUCUAAAAGGCGGUCUUCAGACUUUGGACGGAAAAAGUACUCUAUCAGGAUCCUCUUCUGGUCCUAAUACGAAGGGCUCGAGGACAAAACCAGAAAAAUCAGGAAAGAAAAAGAUUUCUGUUGAAUACCAUGCUAAUUCUUAUGAAGAUGGUGAAGAAAACCUUGCAGCUGAUUUGUCCGAAAUACACAAAGUUCAGGAUGUGUGUUCAUCAAGUGAAACCGUUACAACGUCAUGCCUUAAAACUUCUGGUUGUAAGAAGCUUAGCCGUUCGGUUACUUGGGCCGACCAGAAUGAUGGCUGUGGUGAUCUUUGUGAGGUUAGAAACAAAGAUAUCGCCGCAGGUCCUAGCCUGUCUUCUACUGAUACAAAGGAUGUC